UAAGUGAAAUAAUCUGCCAGUGGAACUUGUAUUGUUUUAUUAAUAUUAAGAAAUUAUGGACUUAAACAAGCUCCUAUAUCUUCCCAAAAGGUUAUUUAAAAGUUAGUUGUUAUCUUAUUUCAAGUGCACUAAGAUAUUUGCACUAGAAACUAGACCAAAAAUACUUGUUAAGGUUUGGUCUUUUUUUACAGUGUAGAGUACAGCUGUAUUAAUACUGCGAAUAAAUUACAGGUAAACUCUUUUUAUAUUCACUGCAGUAAAAAAAAAAAAAACUUGCUCUCUCAGCAAAUUCUUCAGUUGUUGCAAUAUUUACAACACUAAAAGUCACCAGAUCAUAAGUGCAAAGAGCAGUUCUGUAAUAAUAAUUUAAUUCAUUGUGUGAAAAACUAAAUGUUCUCUAAACAAAAUAAGUGAUUGUGUCACACUUACAGGCUGUUUGCGGUGCAGGGAGACUGAUGUGAUUUUUCUCUCGUGGUGUUAGUUCAUCAGGACUUCACACUUUUGUCUCAUCAGUCCACAUAUAAAAACACUAUUAAUGUGGAAUAAAGUCUCAAGCUAAAAACUAAGUUUCAUAAAUAAAUGACUGAGAAUAUUUUAGCGGCGUUGUUUUGCAGCAGAGGUCUGUUUUUCAUUUGUUCGUUUUCCGCGUCCAGCUGUGGUGAAGCAGGAAAACCUUCUUCAUUGUCUCGCACCGUGUCGCUGCUUCCUGUCGCUUUUUCCGCCGUUGUCAAUAAGCCAUAUGACUUCCUUCUCCUCUUCUCAGUGCAGUCGCAGCAACUGCUUUAGGCCUGCUUACCCUGCAGUUCCUCUGGCAUCUGUGCCCUGCAUAAAUAUUUGUUUGCAUCAAUGGCCGUAUUGUGCCGACUGCGAGGCGGUUGAAGGAGGCAGAGAAUGCCCCCAGCGGUGCGUGUGCUAUUGUUUUCCUGCUCUUCUGAGAGAUCCGGCGGCGCAGCGACACCGUGCUUCACCUCCCAGCUGGGCUCCACCCAUCCUGCUCUUUGCUUGUUGCCCCAGUCUCACCAUGCACCACUCUGUCCUACUUCUCUCCUCCUCCUCCUCCUCUGUCACCGGCUGCUCUUUGUUUUCCUUUUUUUCCUCCGCCGUUUGAGUUCUCCUCUGCCCCGGAGCCGUCUCCUCGUGUUUCCUCUGCGUAUGUCGGCUCAUUGUCUGACCUUCUUUCUUGUCUGUCCCCUGUCCACCUUUAAUGUUUUCCUCAUGAGGACUCUGCACCGGCUGAAGUUGAUGAGCUCGCCAAGCCUCAGUGAGCUCGGUAAGAGUGAGAAAAGUUCACCGGAGGACAGAGGUGAGAAGCAGAAGAGGGCCGGAGCCAACGCCACCUGGAACAGCAUCCACAACGCUGUCAUAGCAGUCUUCCAGAAGAAGGGCCUGGCCGAUAAUGAACUCUACACCCUGAAUGAAGGCGUCCGGCAUUUGUUGAAAACUGAGCUGGGCUCUUUCUUCUCAGAGUACCUCCAGAAUCAGCUUCUGACGAAAGGCAUGGUCAUUCUUCGGGACAAGAUAAGAUACUAUGAAGGCCAGAAGUUACUCGACUCGCUGGCGGAGACCUGGGACUUCUUCUUCUGUGACGUUCUCUCCAUGCUGCAGGCCAUCUUUCACCCAGUCCAGGGUAAGGAGCCCUCUGUCAGACAGCUGGCCCUGCUCCACUUCAGGAACACCAUCGUCCUGAGCGUGAAGCUGGAGGACGCGUUGUCUCGGCCGCGCGCCCGCGUGCCCCCCUCCGUCACGCAGAUGUUGCUCAUACUGCAAGGGGUCCACGAGUCGCGCGGCGUUAAUGAGGAUUAUCUAAGACUGGAGUCUCUGGUACAGAAGGUGGUCUCGCCUUACCUGGGCACCCACGGCCUUUACUCUGGAGAGGAGGACGACGAUCACUGCUGCGUUUUUGACAAGCGCGUCCCGUGGGGCUGGCCCAAGUCUGCAGACCAGCCGUCCAAAAACCCCGUGGUACGAUCUAAGAGCUACAACAUCCCCCUGCUGCUGACCCCCGUGGCGGAGUACGACCCGGAUCCCAGCUCGGCCGGCAGCGGAGGGAUCCGCCGCCACUCGGCUUGUGAGAUUAUAUCAUGCCUGGAGGAACAGGGGCUGACCUACGCCAACCUGGCUCCAGGGUCUGAGCUGUCCGGUCCCUCCUCCAACAGACUCUGCGUGGGCUCUCAGUUUAAUGGGAUUAUACAAGCAGGCGCCGGUGCCAUGGACCUGGCCCUGUCCUCUCCUUCCAUCCUUCAUUCCUCAGGCGCGCUCCACGGCACGGAGGCCACCACCACAGUGACCGACCUCAGCAAGGGGGCGUCCUCCUCUCCGCCCAGUGAAUCGUCCAGCCCUGAAACCAUAAUCGGACAAGUUCCGGGGUCUGCCGGCUCAGACUCGGAUGGGAUAUUCAUUGAGUUCCCUUCUCACUCUUCGGGUGGAAAGAGCCUUAGCCGCGAGAGCAGGCAGAGCACUGUGUAGCUGUGGUCCCCUUCAGGGACCCACAGCGAGGGUGUGCGGGAUUAUUUAGGUAGAAAAUGGGACACAAAAUUAAUACAUUUCAGCAAAAGGGUACAUCUUCCAUUUUACUUUUAUGCUUUCAAUGACAACCUUCUUCCAGUGUGGAUAUUAUUUAAAUUCCUUUAUGAAACCUUUCAGCAGCGACGGAAAAAAAAAAUCAGCAUGCAUGUCCAAGAUGACAUGAAGUGGUACUGAUGGCUGAAGAUGUGUUGAUCCUAAAUGAUGAAACCUUUUUACUGUUUUUUUUUUUUUUUAAAGUCCCAAGUCCUGAUAAGAUGAUGCAAUCAACAAACGCAAAAGAGCAUCUAAAUAACUUAAAAUGUUAUUGAAAUGUUACUUUAUUCCAGGAAUUCGUCUUAAAAAGUGAAACUUAUAUAUUGGAUAGACUCAUUACACACACACACAGCCCUUCAAACAUUUAUUUCUGUUAAUCAAAUGAUUAUAGCUUACAAAUAACGAAAACCCAAAACACAGUUUCUCAGAAAAUAAUACUGUUCAAGAUAACUGAAAUUAUUAGUUAUUGACACUUUCCACAAUGAGAGAGAAUAAGCCACACAUGCUUAUUUUACAGAAGGUGAAAGUUCCCUUAUUGCUGCAUGCAAUGAUACUAGUGGAAAGUUGAGUGGAAGGAAAAGUGUGGUAGAAACAGCUUCAGUUGUCCAAUCAGUUGUCUUCCUCGUGAUUAUGUAGAUCAUAACAUUUCCUUAAAACAGACGUCUCAAAAGGAGCUUAGACCAAGUAUCACAGUAGUUAUUCUCCUGAAACACCGACUCCCUCUGCAGCCCUUUGAAUGUACUUUGCUUCACAAUCAUCUCAAGGUUGUGGCAGUUACUGUUGCAUAUGGAUCCUUUUAUUCCACGCCAUUUUUCCUUCCAUGUAACUUUCCAUGUUUGCAUGCAGCAGUCUGCAUCUUGUGCUCACCCUUCUUGUGGAAAGUGUCAGCUACAAUCUGCUGGCGUCAGAAAUCUUCGCCUGGAUUGUGUCACUUAUAGGAUGACCUUAACAUAAACGUCUUUUUUUUUUUUUCUUCAUUGGCUUAUGUAAUGUUCGCAUUUUCAGAGAAACUAAAUUGUGAGGUUUUGUUGGUUGUAGACCGUAAUGAAUGAAAUUACACUUAUGAGUUUCAUUUUGAAGCUGAAAAACUGAGAUUUUCUGUGAUGUUCUUAAUUACUGAGAUAAUCUGAAUUCGUCUGAGUGUCAAAAGCUCCAUUUGCACUAAAAAUCUUACUUCUUAUAGUCUGUGAGGAUACAGAGCAUUAAAAAAAUGAUUCCCCUGCCAAUGAUAAGGUAGUGCAUGUCGUUUACAACUAAAAAUAUAUUAGAAUGUCUUUUAAAAUUUAAUUUAUAAAUGUAACUACAUAUCAGUGAGACACAGAGUAUCCUAAGUGGAUCAGGUUUGGAAGGUAAAGUAUUAUGAGACAAACUGACACUGUUGAUUUCUUUUUUUUUUUUUCUUUUCUUGGUUGUUUUAUGGUGGGAAAAAUAAAUAUUUCUAUUCAUCCAUUUCCUUUAAUUCAGUUAUUUCCUUUAGUUGUUCUCUUGCUUCCCUGGAGAAUAUGUACCUUAAAAAAAAACUACACAUUAUUUUUUGUUACAGGUUGUUUUGUAUUUGUGUACUUUGAUGAAGACUCUUUAUAUUUCCUGUUUUUGCGCCUUCGUGUGCUGCUUGGGGGUCAAGAGGUUUUCUCGCUUUUCAGCGGCGCUCAGAGCACUUAAUGCAAAAUUAUUUUGUGACUGCAUUUGCUUUUUCUGCAUGGGCAUCGUGGUUCAAGGGAAUACGACAAUGUUUGUUUACAUUCGACAAAGAUGGAAACAUUUUCAACUGAAUGUUGUCUCACACUGUAUUUUGCACCACCACUAACAUGUAAAUAAAAGUAUGUUGUUUUUUUUUUCUUUUUUUUUAGAAAGGAUAGAUCUUGUACAGUGAACAUUUGUCCUUAAAGGAUUAGAUUUUUUUUUUAAAUAAGAACUUUUUAAAAUAAUCUUUUUUCAAUGAUGUUUUACCUCAAAGCAUUUUGUACUUUACUUUUUGGACAAUCUAUGAUGUCUCCAGAAUUGUACUUUGUAUAAAUUUGUUAUACUGGCCCCAUAAAAAUAAAUAAAUUUCAGUAAUAUCUAAAAAAAAAAAA